GGGGCAUUCCACUCCAGAAGCGGGUAUCAUAAUUCAUCAGAGAAUAAAUUGUUAUGCUUGAAUCAAGUUUGUUUUGUCAAAUGUACCAUGACUUGAAGCCUGAACGCAGGGCGUGCAUUAUAGCGAUCGACUUCUUGAAUUCCCCGCUGGUCCCUUACCAACAAUCCCAGAAUUCAAUGCGCAUGGUGUAUUGCGGACGGGCUGGAUCGACGAAGCCGCCAAGGACUCUUCCAGUUGAAAAGGUUGGUACUGGCAUAAAUUUCGAUGUUAGAUGCUCAGGAUUGCUUUUUUGGCUAGACUAAAUAUGUGUGCACAACCUCUAUCAGAACUGGUAGGCAAACGCGUUCCAAUCAUUAUUUGCGGGCCAUUCUGUAGCGAUCUGCCAAUAUGUAGAUAGUUAUUUUUAGAUAGCAGAAUGGUCCGUAAAAAGUUGCCAAAUUUCUGUAUUCCGAGGUUCGCUGAGCAUCACACUUUUUGUGUACCUUCCUAAACGUCCGAUAGUAAUUUUACCGUUUUCGGUUUGCUCUCACUCACUCAGCGUACCGAGAUAUUGGGCCCGAAACUGACCAUGAAAGUAGCGUAUUUACUGUUAGCGACGCCAUUUUUAGCCUCCUCCAGUCCUUGCUACGGGGGUGUGGGGAUCGUACAAUUCGGAAAAAAAAUCGGGAAAUUGGCCAAGGGAGUCAGUCCACGAUUAGAUUCAUAUUUCCUUUCCGCGGCCGACCAACCUCUCUGGUAGCAAAACCCUGCCUUUGGCAAAUUAAUUUCCCUAUAGAACCAGCCUUCCAGAGUAGUCAGUCUGGUACUGAGGCUAGCCAUUUUGUGUUUUGGCAUACGUCACAUGCACGUGUAUGACUACUUUCAGCUCUCACUACAGCGCUAAAAUCUCUGCAUCCCGGAAAGCUAAGGUCUUCAAACGUUUUGUGUACAUUCCUAACUGUUUGGUAGUAACUCGACUGCUUUCGUUAAAUUUGUAGUUAUACCGUUUAUGAGAAAUCGGGCCUGAAAUUGGCCUUGUAUUCAGAGUGGUUUCGGCUAGCGACGCCAUUUUUUGUUGACAUGUGAUGACCUAGUUUACUACAGUGCUAAUAUCUCUGCAUCCUAAAAAGCUAAGGUCUUCAAACGUUUUGUGUACAUUCCUAACUGUUUGGUAGUAACUCGACUGCUUUCGUUAAAUUUUAAGUUAUACCGUUUAUGAGAAAUCGGGCCUGAAAUUGGCCUUGCAUUCAGAGUGUUUUCGGCUUGCGACGCCAUUUUUGUUGACAUGUGAUGACCUAGUUUCCUACAGUGCUAAUAUCUCUGCAUCCUGAAAAGCUAAGGUCUUCAAACGUUUUGUGUACAUUCCUAACUGUUUGGUAGUAACUCGACUGCUUUCGUUAAAUUUUAAGUUAUACCGUUUAUGAGAAAUCGGGCCUGAAAUUGGCCUUGCAUUCAGAGUGUUUUCGGCUUGCGACGCCAUUUUUGUUGACAUGUGAUGACCUAGUUUCCUACAGUGCUAAUAUCUCUGCAUCCUGAAAAGCUAAGGUCUUCAAACGUUUUGUGUACAUUCCUAACUGUUUGGUAGUAACUCGACUGCUUUCGUUAAAUUUUAAGUUAUACCGUUUAUGAGAAAUCGGGCCUGAAAUUGGCCUUGCAUUCAGAGUGUUUUCGGCUUGCGACGCCAUUUUUGUUGACAUGUGAUGACCUAGUUUCCUACAGUGCUAAUAUCUCUGCAUCCUGAAAAGCUAAGGUCUUCAAACGUUUUGUGUACAUUCCUAACUGUUUGGUAGUAACUCGACUGCUUGUAGUUAUACUAUAUUUUCACAAGAAAAUAUUUGGCCCGAAGUUGGCUAAGCUAGUAGCAUACACCACCGGAGGUGCAGAAAUACAUAGGAUGCAUCUAAUGCCUGACCAAUGCAUGAACCUACAUUUUCAACUGGUAAUAUACAUAAUUGACAUUUUUGUUUCUGUCUGAUAGAAAGAAGAAGGACAAUGUCGGGGAAAAGCCCUGGGAAAAGCCCUUGGAAAAGCCCUGGGAAAAGCCCUGCGAAAAGCCCAAGUCAAAAGGCAGCCCAGAAGCUUUUAGCUAGGGCAAAAAGAAUCCCUGCCUGGUCUAGAGAAGAAACAAGGGCACUUGUGAAGUUCUUGUCCAUGCCAUCGGAGGGAUGGGACCCAACACAAUCCACUGGAUGGCCAAAAAUGAGAUCACAGCAUCCUCUCUGGAGCAAGGCUGCUCAGUUUGUGCAGGAAAAUUCGGGAUCAUCAAUUCUACGAACUGCUGGGGCAGUGCAGACUCAAGUCACCAAGCACCUGAAUUCAUUGUACUCCAUUAGUGCUGGAGGAAGACUUGCAGCAGAAAAAGCUAUGGAUGCUAGAGAUGAUAGUUCAUGCCCAGUUUGCAGGAAGAGAUUGAGCCCUGUGUCUCAGGGGUCCAUUGAUGCAGGAACACAAACAGAGGAAAAGUUCCUUUUACCACAGUUACCAGUGCUCCAAGGGAUUCCACGCCCAGAGCCCCAAGGGAUGUUGAGCCCAGAGCCCCAAGGGACGUCACACACAGAGACCCGAGGGAUGUUGAGCCCAGAGCACCAAAGGAUGUUACAUGCAGAGCCCCAGUCCCAAGGGAUGUCACACACAGAUCCCCAGUCCCAAGGGAUCUCACACACAGAACCAAUAGAAAUGCCACCCCCCAAACCCCAAGGGAUGUCAUAUUCAGAACUGCAAGGAAUGCCACCCCCAGAACCUCAAGGGAUGUCAACACCAAUCAAAUUAACCAGUGCUAUCCAAUCAGAUUACUCCUGUACACCAUCAUCUACAUGGUCUACACCUGUAGAUAAGAAGGAUCAGUCAUACCAACCAGAGUCAGAGUCAGCAUCUAGCGCAACCUCUGAUGUUGAGGGUGAAACUGAGGAGACAUUGGGAGGACACAGAUUUAUUGUAUUUGGUGAGAAGAUAAGAGAACUCUUCCAGCGGUGUUCAGUUGCAAAAUGUGGUGCUGGUACAUUGAUAAGGACAACAACAAAAGGCACAGCUCUUGCAGUACACUGGACUUGUUCAAAAGGUCACAAUGGUGUAUGGCAUUCCCAACCAUACAUCAAGAACCAGGCACUUGGAAAUCUUCUUGUACCGUGUGCAAUCCUAUUCUCUGGUGGCUCCAUUGAUAAAUUCAUAGAUUUUGCUGAAUCAUUAUGCCUACAUUUUGUUGGCACAUCACAUUUCUUCAACAUCCAGACAACGUUCGCCAUCCCUGCUAUUGAUGAGUACUUCUUAUAUCAACAGGCUAUGGCCCGGGACUUGGUAAGGGAGGGUCCAAUCACCAUCAUUGGAGACGCCCGGUGCGACUCACCAGGAUUUAACGCCAAAUACUCGUCCUAUACAGUUAUGGAAGAGAAAACAUCACUCAUCCUGGACAUGCAGUUGGUGCAAGUCACAGAGACCGGGUCGUCUCAGUCCAUGGAGAAAGAGGGUCUUGAGAGAUGUCUACAGUCAUUAGAAGAGGAUGAUAUGAACAUUGAAUGCCUGGCGACAGACAGACAUAGGGGGGUAGCAGCCAUGAUGAGGAAAGACUAUAAAGACAUCAAGCACGAGUUUGACAUCUUCCAUGUCUCAAAAAAUGUAACUUCAAAACUAAGAACAAAGGCCAAGAAGGCAACCUGCAAACCCCUGGGUGAGUGGAUGAAGUCUGUGAGCAACCACCUAUGGCAUUCAUGCAAGACAUGCUUGGAGAAUCCAGAGUUGCUGAGGGAGAAAUGGACAUCCUUACUGAACCACAUCGCAAACCGACAUCGGUGGUCAGGAAACAAGUUAUUUCAUAAGUGUGCCCACAAACCCCUGUCCAGGCGACAGCAAAAGAAGACAAAGUGGCUCCAGAUGGGAUCUCCUGCCCACAAGGCCCUCCAAGAAGUAGUCAUGGACCGUACCUUGCUGAAGGAUAUGGGAAAGAUGGCACUCUUCAAGCACACAGGUGAGAUAGAAGUCUACCACAACGUUGUGUUGAAGUACGCAACAAAACGGAUACCUUAUCAGUACCCUGGGAUGAAGGCCAGACUCCAACUGUCUGUGAUCGAUCACAACGAGAACAUUGGGCGAAGAAAGGCUACGACAGCAUCAGGUGACACAAGGCAGCGUCUCGAAUACAGCAAGAGGCAGAAGGACUUCGUUCUGAAGAACAUCUACGAAAAAAAAGACUAUAGCUUCAGAAGAAAGUUGUUGGAGGCUGUCGUGCACAAGCGCAAGACCACUGAUGUGCAUUGUGGAGAUGAUGUGAUCCCAAGACCAGAUUUGCCCCGUAGCAUUGCACCCAUCCCAAGGCCAGACAUGGAAACGGCCAAGGCAAAGCACCGUUCGCGGUUUGCGGACUAGAAAAGAAGUGUGCACGACAG